AUGCUGUCGUCAGCCCAGGACUCCAGCAGCAGGAUCGUCACCACCAAUGCCCUUCACCGGACCGGUGGCACACCCCGGCUGGGCCCCCGAUCUGGAGUCCCCAGCGCCGACUACGGAGGCGGGCUGAGGACUGGAGGCCUUGAGACCACCCAGCCUCAUGCAGAUUCCAGCUCGGAUGUCGGCACGAUGCUGUGGCGCGUGUCUGUCCGGUCCCAGCAGCCACAGAUUGCCCCGCUAGCCAGCAUACAAAGACAGUACCAAUCACUGGCCUCGCUCGACCCAAUCGUCACCACAAGAGUCCAUCCCUCGCUCACCAUGCCGGCCGAAUCGACGCCUCUCAUCCAGACCGUCAGCGUCGGACCGCAAAGGCGGCGCUACCCCCACAACACAUGCCGUCGCUUCUGCACCAUCCUCAGCUGCUCCCUUCUCAUCACGGGCUUUGCCUCGUUCCUCCUCCAGGCCAUCUUCAUAUGGCCCAAUGAGCACCGCCGCAAACACCAUGGGGGUCAAUACUGGCCCCCGCAGAAUGGAAACAAGGGCUUGGGUCUCGAAGAGGUCGAGGGUAUCCUACUGGACACCCCUUCCGCCGAGAAGGCAGAGGAGUGGUUGAAGUACUACACCGCUGGACCUCACCUGGCCGGCCAGAAUCUCUCCCAGGCUGAAUGGACGCGCGACAAGUGGGAGGAAUGGGGCGUCAAGUCCGAGAUCGUCCCGUAUGACGUCUACAUGAACUACCCGCUGAGCCACAGCCUGACCAUGCUCGAGCACCAGAAGAAGCACGAUAGGUGGCAUGUCGUCUUCGAGGCCUCCCUCGAGGAGGACAUUCUCGACCAAGACCCCACGACCGCCCUCAAGAACCGCGUGCCCACGUUCCACGGCUACUCCGCGAGCGGCAACGUCACCGGGUCCUUUGUAUACGUCAACUACGGCAGCUACCAGGACUACCAGGACCUCGUCGACGCCAAGAUCGACCUCGAGGGCAAGAUCGCCAUCGCCAGGUACGGCGGCAUCUUCCGCGGUCUCAAGGUCCAGCGCGCCCAGGAGCUCGGCAUGAUUGGCGUCCUGAUCUACAGCGACCCCGGCGACGACGGCGAGUUCACCAUUGAGCAUGGCUACGACGCCUAUCCCGACGGCCCCGCCCGCCAGCCCAGCAGCGUCCAGCGUGGCAGCGUCCAGUUUCUGAGCACCAUGCCCGGCGAUCCGACCACGCCGGGCUAUCCCUCCAAGCCUGGCGUCCCCCGCGCCCCGGCCGAGGGCUCGACGCCCACCAUCCCCUCCAUCCCCAUCUCCUACACCGACGCCCUCCCCAUCCUCAAGGCGCUCAACGGACACGGGCCCCAGGCCAAGGACUUCAACAAGUACUGGACGCGCGGCAACGGCCUCGGCUACAAGGGCGUCCAGUACAAUGUCGGCCCCUCGCCCGACCACAUCGUCCUCAACCUCGACAACCAGCAGAACUACACCACCACGCCCCAGUGGGACGUGAUUGGCAUCGUCAACGGGACCAUCCCCGACGAGGUCGUCGUCAUCGGCAACCACCGCGACGCCUGGGUCGCCGGCGGCGCAGGGGAUCCCAACAGCGGCUCCGCCGCGCUCAACGAGGCCAUCCGCGCCAUCGGCACCGCUCUCGAGGCUGGCUGGAAGCCCCUGCGGACCAUUGUCUUUGCGAGCUGGGAUGGCGAGGAGUACGGCCUCAUCGGCAGCACCGAAUGGGUCGAGGAGUUCCUCCCCUGGAUCAAGGCCGCCAACGUGGCCUACCUCAACGUCGACGUCGCCGUCAGCGGGCCCACUCUCCACGUCGGCGCCACGCCCACGCUGCACGGCCUGCUGCGCGCCUCCGUCCACAAGGUCCAGAGCCCCAACCAGACCACCGCCGGCCAGACCGUCGGCGACCUCUGGUCCGGCGUCAUCCCGCCCCUCGGCAGCGGCAGCGACUUCACCGCGUUCCAGGACUACGCCGGCGUGCCCUGCAUGGACCUCGGCUUCACCUCGGGCGCCGCCGACCCCGUGUACCACUACCACUCCAACUACGACUCCUUCCACUGGAUGGAGGAGUUUGGCGACAAGGGCUUCGCGUACCACAAGGCCAUGGCGCAACUCAUGGGCGUCAUCGUCGCCAACCUCGUCGACAGCGUCGUCCUGCAGUUUGGCGCCGUGGACUACGCCGACGCUCUGGACGCGUACCUGGACAAGGUCGAGGCCAAGCUGCACGGCGAGGCCGCCGAGCCCGAGACGGACGAGCAGAUUGUCGUCUUCCGUGCCCAAGUCGCACCCAGCGAGAUCAAGGGCAGCGCCGACGCCUUCAGGAAGAGCCUCGAGGAUGUGCGCGACGCCAUUGCCGAUUUCCGGGUCAAGGCCCACGCGACGGACACGCGGGCCGAGUGGGCGGAGAAGCAACUCAGGGAGGGCAUCCCCUGGUGGAACCUCGUCAAAAAGGCCAAGCUCGGCGCGGCCACUGUCGCACUCAACAACAAGUACAAGUACCUCGAGCGGCAGUUCCUCUUUGAGGCCGGCCUCGACGGGCGGAGCUGGUUCAAGCACGUCGUGUACGCGCCAGGCCUGUGGACGGGGUAUUCCGGAGCGACAUUCCCCGGUCUCGUCGAGAACAUUGACUCCAAGGACUACCUGAACGGCCUGCGGUGGGCCGGCAUCAUCAAGGAACGCAUCCAGCAGGCGACCAAGAGCUUGGCGUAA